AUGUCAUUCCUUGUCGCCCUCUCAGCUCUUCUAUUUCCAAGCUUGUUUUUGAUCUGGUACCUUCACAUUCCUCGCACAUUGCCACCUCUACCUGUGAUCCCAGUAUAUGUCUCCAUUCUUGGGCUCUGGUCCUCAAUGGGCCAAGAUGAGAUCUUUGAACGCUGGUUCCGUACGCCCCUUGAAACUCACGGUGCGGUCAUUGUGUGGUUUGCCGGUCGCUGGAGUAUUUUGGUGUCGAGGCCGGAUUGGUUGACAGAUAUGUUUCGCAAUGAGAAUUUGUACGUCAAGGCCGGAUCUCAGGUCAAGAUUCCACAUGCUGUCAUCGCGACCUUGGUUGGUGAUAAUAUCAUCAAUUCACACGAUAAUUGGAAACUAUACACCUCGAUCAUGAAGGCAGGUCUACAGAAAAAAGUGUUCGAUACUACUUCCUUGCUUCGCCAGUCUAGGAGGUUGGUCGACGUUUUGCUUUCGAGGGGAAAAGCAGCCAUACCGGUCAACGAGGACGUGCAGAAGUGGGCGGUCGAUGUUAUGGGGGAAAACUUUCUGGAUCUGAAAUUUGAAAGUCUAGGUAACCCAAACGUCGUUCGCCUCGAAUCUCUCCAAACAAUCAUCAAAGCCACCCUGUUCAAGCCAAUGUACUUCAGCUUUCCUGACCUUGAUCAUUUCACUUGGAUUUUACCCUCACGAAAACGAGCUUAUCGGACAAUGCGAGAGUUUGAUGACCGACUCUACGCAAAAACAAUGCAAAUGGUCCGCCAAACUCCCAAAUCCGACUUGGUAUCUCACAUGCUUGCCGAUGCCUACCUCACAAACAAGAUAACAGAAAGGCAAUUCCGUGAUAACCUCAAGAUAAUAUUUCUGACGGCCCACGAAAAUGCUCAACAGCUGGUGAAUUCAAUGUUUUGGCAACUCGGGACAAGAGUUGAUAUACAAUCACACCUUCGUGAUGAGAUACUUAUUAUGGCAUCCAAGCACCCCGAACCAUCACACGAGAUCAUCAACACACUUCCCUAUCUGACAUCCGUGGUUCUCGAGCUACUGCGUCUCUUUCCGCCUGUGUCACAGCUCAUAAACCGUGUCGCGAUGCAGCCUGCUUUGUUAGGCGAUGAAUUGCCCAUACCAAAGGGAACGUUCGUUGGAUGGAAUGCAUGGGCUGUGCACAGCAAUACGGCAAUAUGGGGCGCUGAUGCGAGAGAGUUCAGGCCCAAGAGGUGGGGAAGUACCGUUGAGGAAAUGCAAGCACGGUUCCGAAGGGAGACAGUGCGAGGGACGUAUAUCCCGUUCAAUGCACACAGACGAAAGUGUCUGGGGCAGGGAUUCGCGUUGUUACAGAUGAAGAUAUUGUUGUUUGUCUUGCUGAAAAGAGUCAGCUGGGCGGUUGAUCCGGGGUAUCAGCUCAAGAUGACACCGGGUGGCAUUCUGGCACCAUUAGGAUGUCGAGUUAUUCUGACGGAGUUGGGUCCGUGA